GUGAAAGAGAUACUAAAUAUGGCAUACAAGCGUUCUUUAUCUGAGGAGGACCUCACAUGUCCUGUGUGCUGCGACAUCUUUGUGGACCCUGUGAUCCUGUCAUGCAGUCACACCAUCUGCAAAGUCUGCAUUGACACCUUCUGGAGCGUCAAGCCAUCCAAACAGUGUCCCAUUUGCAGGAGAAGGAGCCUGAUGAAUACUCUCCCAUCCAACCUGGCUUUGAAGAAUCUGUGUGAGAGCUUUGUCCAGGAGAGGGAUUUUGAAGCUUCAGUGACAUCUGAGGAGAUGUGCAUCGCCCACAGUGAGGAAAUCAAAUUCUUCUGCUUGGAGGACAGGGAGCCAAUAUGCGUGGUGUGCAAGACAUCAAGGAAGCACAAACAGCACAAGUGCUGCCCGACAGAAGAAGCAGCCUCUGGUUACAGAGACCAACUCAAGACCACACUGAACAGCCUAGAAGAAAGACUAAACAAAUUGAACAACUUAAAACGAGACUGCAACCACAUAGCUACACACAUAAAGUGUCAGGCAUAUAAGACAAGACAGCACAUAAAGGAAGAGUUUGAGAUGCUCCAUCAGUUUCUUCAAAAGGAAGAGGAGGCCAGGAUGGCUGCUCUUGAAGAAGAAGCUGGUGAGAAGAGCAAUGUCAUCAAUACAUUAAUGGAGGACAUCAGGGAGGCGAUAUCCACUCUCUCAAACACAACCAAAUCCAUAGAGGAGGCCGUGGGGUCAGCAGACGUGCCACUCUUACAAAAUAUUGAGUCUAUUGAAAGGGCGCAGUGUAGGCCAACAGACGUAGAUAAUCCUGAAGGAUCUCUGAUAGACGUGGCACAUCACCUGGGAAACCUGAAGUUCAGAGUCUGGGAGAAGAUGCAGGACAUUGUUGUGUACACGCCUGUGAUCCUGGACCCCAACACAUCCCAGGCAAAGCUCCACCUGUCUGAGGACCUAACCAGCGUGCUCAACAGUGCGGAGAAGCUCCGCGUCCCCUACAACCCUGAGAGGUUUGACUACUACCCCUGCGUGCUGGGCUCCCAGACCCUCACCUCGGGGGUCCACUGCUGGGACGUGGAGGUCGGGGACAGCGCCCUCUGGAGUGUGGGUGUCACCACCGUCUCCAACCACAGGAAGGGCGACGCUUUCUUUAAUGGAAGCACCUGGCAUGUGAGGUAUCUGAAAGGGGAGUACACGUGCCACAGCCCAGCGGAGAAUCAUGGUCCUCUUGUGGCCGACAGGCUGCGGGUCUUAAGGGUGCGCCUGGACAUGGAUGUGGGAGAGGUGUCAUUUUCUGAGCCAUUAACAGAAAACUCCCUGUGCAGUUUUAGACAUGUUUUUACAGAGGGUGUCCUCCCUUUUCUGUAUAAUUACUGUAUGUGCUCACCUCUGAAGAUUUUACCAGUGAAAAACUCGGAACAUAAAAGUUAAGGCCAAUGAUGUGUAUGGUAACCAUUAUAUGGAAUACUUUGUGUGUGUGUGUGUGUGUGUGUGUGUGUGUGUGUGUGUGUGUGUGUGUGUGUGUGUGUGUGUGUGUGUGUUGUGUUAUGUUGCAUUGUGCAUGAAUGUGAUUUUCACUCUGACCAUAUUCAAUUUUCCUAUCCAAAGUAAUAUUCAGUGCAACUUCUAUUGCAAUAGACUGGAGGAUGAUAUCCAUGCUGUUGGUUUCCUCAGAUUAUACCUGUUCAAAUUAGUCUGGCUAUCACCAUACUAAGCUCAAUCUUAUAAGAUCGAACAUUAGUAUGGGCAGGCUAAGCUUUGUUUCUACUGCACAAGAGGCAUGAUCAAUGGGCAUCGUUCAAAUGACUCCGUACGCUUGGAUAGUCCUUCAACCAAUCAGACCAACGAUCCGGUAUAUCUUUUGGAUAAGCUAGUAUAUGAUUGGAGCCAAAGGUCCUGGCAGGGAACAGAGGAGAUGUCCAGCCUGUGUCCAAAUUUGGUAAGAAACUGAUAAAAAAGCGAUUAAAACACAUUUUGGAGAGCUAUCUAGCUGUUUGUGUACUGUAUGUACUGUAAGUAUGCUAUUUCAGUUUACCUCAACUUUGACUUCCCUGUAACACAUACCUGACCCCAAACUUCCAGUUUGAUUUACAACUGUGUUCACAACUGUGUAAUAAAACACCCUGCUACUGUCCUUGUUCUCUCGAUUGUGAAUAAA